ACUUCAUCCACUUUGUCAACUUCUCCUCUCCACAUUCCCCGCGGAUAGCGCAAGCAGACUAACAGUUAGCUUCCCCGCAAACCCGUGUUAGAUGAUAAUGUAUGUACUAUCGCCAAUCACGUCGUCGUCGGCCUCUAUCACGAAUUAGCAGAUCGUUCUGCUAGUAUGAUACUGCUCAACAGCUGCCGCCAUGCCCCCCGCUACCUCGAUGGUGACGCUUGGUGGCCACCGAGCUCUUUUCUAUACACCUCCAAGGGGAACACAUUCGAGGAUCAUUAGCCUUCAUUUACAUCGACAUUCAAGAGUGCCUACAACUAACUUCUCGUCAUGUCGGAGCCUCUACGCUUCCCAUGCUCAUUCUAUAGCCAAUAUUUCGAGCCAAGACUUUGACUGGUUCUGCCAUCUUCUCGGCAGCAAUGCAAAUAAAACCCCUGGGAUAGCCGCCUCUUCGGUUGCGGAAUCAUCCGAUAGUGAUCCAGUCAGCCAUGUCACUGGUCCGCUUCGGAGAGUUCUUCUGGCGCUGCAACAUGGGGACCCUCUGAGAAUGUUCAUCAAUAUACGCUUGAUCUUGGAGAUAAAGCCGCUUGAACUGCAAGAAGCUAUAGCUGCCUUGCCUCGGACUACCUUUACUCAGAUCCUCAAAGGGCUAGAUCCCUCCAGGAUUUCCUGGGCAAUCGAUCCAACCGACAAGUUCAACAUAACGGCUGGGAUGGCCAAGGUCCUUGGGAUGGAAUCUUACAUCGAUGAUUGGGGAAUCCGAAGUGUUUACGUAAAGCUUCUAGAGUGUAUAAAAUCUCUUGUGUUAGCAUUGCAGGCCACAGGCCAGACGCUGCAAACAGAAGAAUAUACGUACCUCUUCAGAUACGCGGGGUUCGCUUCGGAUAUUGAAGCCGCGAGAUGGUUCUGGACGGAUAUGAUAAAAUUCAACACCAAAAGUUGGCGGGCAAAGGAAACUUAUGACGAGUAUAUGUCUGCGCGUUUCCUUACAAAAGAUCCUUACAAUGGCUAUGACAAGACUAGAAAAGUAAACGAUCCGCGAAACCUCCACAGAUCUCGAUUUAGGCUCAGUCGACAUAAAAUUAUCAAACUGGAUAUCCUAAGAUUUCAUGUCCGGAAGAGAAAAAUGUAUUUCGGACUCAACAAGAGUAUAGGUCACGCUGAAGAUCUUAUCCGGUCAGUACGGAAGAGUGGCCCAGUUGCAAGAGUAUUUAGUCAUUACCUGCUGCAGAAACGCGGACUGACUCCAAAUCUAUUAUAUACUGCGAUAAUCGCCUACGCGCGGGUUGGGGCUUUGCGGUUUAUUGGCACCAUGAUAUUGCGAAGGUAUUUCGGCAUCUGCUUAGGACGCUUGAUCUAUAAAGACGAUCUUCUCGGUCCGCACGACCAAAUCACGUCUUGCCCUUCCAUCUAUCGUCCUUCGUUAAAGCUCAUGAAAACUAUUGUGGAUGCGUAUUGUAUGAACGGGGAGAUCGCCCUCGCGUGCCAAUUGGUUGAUCACAUAUCAAAAACACAAAACAUUCCAGUUCCAAUGUCUAUCUGGUAUGAGCUGCUGAACUGGACUCACGUCCUGAGCUCGCCGCCUUUAACUACGGCAUGGAAGAUAGCGGACAUAUAUUGGAAGAUACCGGGCCCCUCAGCGGUAGAAACAAUGUUUAAUUUUAUGGUUGAACGAGGGGUCCAACCUCGUUUCAAAGAGUAUUGGGCCCUCAUCCAGAGUCUUAUAGCGCGACACCAUUUCAGCAAGGUCGUCCCACUCAUGAGGGAAGCGGUGCGAUUGAACGACACAAUAUGUGAAGAGUACGAGGAAGCGGUGCUUGAGUAUGCCCAGUUGGUUCGUGACGGAGUACGUGUCAGCGAAGCCAUUAUGCGAUACGAGCGGCUUCGAUUCUUGAAAGCGAGGACGUGGUACGAUCUCCAGACGAUUUGUCGACAGUUCCUGUUGAAGGUCCGCAGCCAUAGCCUUACCAAUCCGCUUGUGACUGUCGCGGUUCCGAAUUUCAUACGCGAAUUCCGGACUUUCAUUCCAAACCCGGCCCAUUAUCGAACAUCUACCGGGUAUGUAGAGUUGUUCGACCCAAUACGAGACGUCCCACAGAAAAUCCGUACUUACCGUCUCCCUAUGGAUACGCCACAGAAGCAUAAUAGGAGAUGGUUUCUCAGACGAACAGUAGUACUGAGAACCGAAUUGGUGCACGGGCAUUCUCUAGCUGGGCACCUACCAAUGGCCAAACUUGGCCUUGAUACCCUUCUCCUAAAUACGUCCCGAUGGAGACGGCCAUCUAAGGGCCACGUGCCGCCGGAUAAACCGGCAGCUCCUUAUGAUGACGACGAAUUUUACUGAGAGCGAGAAACUUGGAUAUAUAUAUGUAAGCUGCUAUAUCUGUUAUAUACAUGUCUGGCAUAAAAUCCGCUGUAAGCAUGUCCCAUAUGGGCACAAGCAGUAAUUAAUACGUAGUCCUCCAGGGAACGGUACUGAGGUCUUCAAAGUAUGUAGUCUACAUGGAAUGCUUGUCUGGUUCAGU